UCCGCCCCGCUGCCCCGUCAGUUCCCGGUGGCCUCACGAACCGCUCCCGGCAGCAGCCGGCUCCGAGAGCGGAAAAACAAAGGUUCCCGCAGCAGGGUCGACCGGGGAACGUAUUGGCUGUGCGACGGUAGGAAGUGACGUAACCCACUCCUUCCGGUCCGCCGGAUUAUGAAUGAUUGCGGGGGUCGCUGCUUCCCUGGCGCGAUCUUCGUUGUUUCUUUCCCGGCUUCGUUGGCUGCGUGUGGCCCGCGGGCGAAAACUUUCUGAAACGGCCUCGGGAAACCCGGCUCGGGCGGGGCAGGAAUGAGCUAGCGGUCCGUGUCACCCACACGCUCACGCACCCUCCCUGCCUGGCCGCGCCUCUGCGACCAGGUAACCCAAUGAAAGAAGAAAAUGAAAGGCAUUAAGAAAAGUCUUACAGAAGAAUAUCUAUACUUGGACUUUUCUCACCAAAAAGAAGGGUGCAUCUUUCCUCUUCAUACAUCUAUAACUUUAUUUUUGUUAUCAUACUGUGACUGCAAAAUCUUUAAAGUUUGCUUAGUCCUCACUGGAGAAAGCACAGGCAUUUCACUACUUAAAAGUGUACUGUCUGAGGAUGUUGAAAUACAGAUUAUUUCAAGGCAAGAGCUUCCACCAAUAGUCCAGAGUUGCUGUUUACCUGCAGUAGUAGAAAGACCAGACAAUUUCUGUAGAGCAGGACUUGCUGUUGUUCUGAGACACAUAAUCCAGAAAUCAUAUGAAGCAGACCCCUCAAAGAAGGAAAUUUUGGAACUUCUGGGUUUUAAGAAGACUUGCUUGAAAGCCUGUGCUGAAGUUAGUCAGUGGACCAGGCUAUGCGAACUUACCAUCCCUUUAGCUAUUGAGAAUUUUCUCAAAGAAUCUUCUGACCAGCCCCCAGCUAUCCCUGCUGAAAUACUAGAGCUUGAGAAGAAGCUUAGUGAGCCCGUUAGGGUACAUAAUGAUGACAAACUCCGGCGGCAGAAGCUGAAGCAGCAGAAGGCUGCUGGGGUUAGGCCUUCCCUUUCUAAGGAAGAAACGAAGAGCAAGGUCCAUAGACAGGAAACAUCUGAAGAGGUGGACUCUUCAUCGGCGAGCCUGGAACUGAGAGUGGCAUUUUCAAAGCUCACAGUACAUGAGGAACCAGCUCCUGCCAACAGGGAGCCUGCUCACGUCAGAAAAGCGAAAGCUUCUGACCUUCCGCCUCUGGACCAUGUGUUUGUAGAAGGCCUGUACUUCACUUUGGCAGAUAUUGUGCUCUUGCCCUGUAUCCAUCAUUUUUUGGUAAUUAUCUGCAAGAAACUUUCUGAAAAGCUGGUAGAAUUUCCACUGCUGGCUGCCUGGUACCAGAGAAUUCAGGAAGUGCCAAGAGUAAAAACAACAGCUUCUCAGUGUGGGAUCCAAUUUCUCAAUUUACCAGAAUUACAGACCACCUCGAAUGAACAGCAACCAAGCUUAGAUGAGGUCCCAUGUGUCGAGGAGCAAAAUGAUCCUUCAUUUAUAGGAGGACCAAGACCCACCAUGACUAAGUUAAUGGAAAAAGGCAUUGAAGUGAUGUUUUCUCCCCACCCUUGCCCUACUUGGACCCUUGAUUGGGAUGCUCUUCCUGCAGCAGUGAGCCCAAAGGAAGGUAAAAUGUCCAGUGAUCGAGCUUUGAGGAAGCAGCAACAGUUAAACAACCUUGUUUAUGUGGUGACAAAUCAGGCCAAACCUGGUGACAGAAUUGUGGAUUUCUGCAGCGGUGGGGGCCAUGUUGGGAUUGUCCUUGCUCACAUGCUGCCAUCAUGCCAGGUUACAUUAAUAGAAAACAAGGAAUUAUCAUUAAUUCGUGCUAAGAAGAGAAGUGACGAACUAGGGUUAAGCAACAUUUGGUUCAUUCAAGCAAAUAUGGAGUAUUUUACAGGGACAUUUAAUAUUGGGGACUAAGUGCUCAAUAUAGAAAACUACAUAAUAAUAUAAAGAAUCACCAGUAUUUCUGCUAGGGAGAGAUAAAUACUGUCAAAACCCUUUAGUCUUUAUGUAUUUAUGCACACAAACAAAUGCAUGUUUACACAUAUGUUAACAUUAUUGAGGUCAUACUACAUAGGUCCUGCUUUACCUGAAAUUGUCAUAAAUACUUUACUCAUUAAUCAUAUUUCUUUUUUGUUGUUAUUAUAAUGUAAUUGUUACUAUUAUAUAUAUCUUAUGCAUCACUUAAGAUUUUUGAUACCUUUGCCUAAUCACUUUCUAGGUAGGUUGUGCUAAUUUGCAUUCCCAACUGUAUAUGUUCAUAUAACAUAUACAGUGGGCUUGUCUAGGUGGAAUUCUUGUCCAGUCUCAGAAGUUCAGACCUUUUGUAGUACUUAUGAUUUUUGUCCAAUGAAAUUCAUUUCUUAAAUACCAACUACUGCAAAGUUGUGGGGUUUAUUGUUAUUUUUAUAGCCUAAAAAGUAUACAGUUUGUUUCCUUUGUAGAUAUAAUAUAGAUUGGUUAUCUCAAGCCAAGCUUAUAGAAAGAGAAGUAAACUUUUACGAAAACUGUUAAUAAGGAUAUUCAGGAAAAUAUAGACAUCUGAUAUAGCAAAUUCAAAUUAAAUAUAUAUUUAUAUGCUGCUUAAAUUUUACAUAAAUGAUGAGGUAGAGGAUAAAGCUUCUCCCACAAAACAAGCCAUUAAACCAAUGCCCAUGUUACCAGUACACCAGGCAGAAUGUAUAAGGUAGCAAGAUACUGCUGCCUAUUUACUCACCUCUCAAAUCACAAAAUUCCCGGCCUAUCAGCCAUACAUCUCUUUACCCUUCUGUGGCAUAAAGGUGAUAAAUCAUUCUGGCAUAUUCUUGUAACUUUCAAGGUCAUAUAAUUCACUAACACCAACUAACAAUGUAUAUGUCUUUUGGGAAGUGAUAUUUUUCCCAAAUAUCAUAGUAAUGUAUCCAUAAUGGGUUUUUUCUUUCAUAAUUACUUUGUCAAGAUAUAUGGAAAAUGAAUUAAAAUUACUCGGAGGGUUAAACCAAGAUUAGAUUUACUCUCAAGAAUAUAGUUUGCGGGCUUCCCUGGUGGUGCAGUGGUUAAGAAUCCACGUGCCAACUCAGGGGACAUGGGUUCGAGCCCCGGUCCGGGAAGAUCUCACAUUCUGUGGAGCAACUAAGCCCAUGCACCACAACGACUGAGCCUGCGCUCUAGAGCCCGAGAGCCACAACUGCUGAGCCCACAUGCCACAACUACUGAAGCUUGCGUGCCUAGAGCCCGUGCUCCGCAAGGAGAAGCCACCACAAUGAGAAGCCUGCGCACCACAAUGAAGAGUAGCGCCGCUCGCCGCAACUAGAGAAAGCCCGUGCUCAGCAACGAAGACCCAAUGCAGCCAAAAAUAAGUAAAAUAAAAUAAAUAAAUUUAUUAAAAAAGGAAUAUAAUUUGCCUAGGAUGAUAAUUGAAGUAUUGUCACUAGAUAAAUCAAACUAAAUGCACCAGUGGCUCUAACUCUUGUAUUAAAUAGAUUCCAAUGAAAAUACUGUAACUAGAGAGGAAAUCAGAAUAACAGGUAUCAGAAAUGCAUGAAAACUCCAUUAAUUCACAAUUUUGUGGUAUUUCAAAUAAGGGUUUAGUUGGCAUUUAUCUUUGCCUUUUUCGUCUACUGUUUUUCUUUAGACAUAAAAGUUAAUGAUGUAAACAAGAUUUUAAGGGGAGAAUUUUAAAGUCUUUGAACCAACUAUCUUGCAGAACUUAAAACAAAUCAUUUAUACAUGAGAAUUUAAAUACUAAUUAUUAUUCUUAUCUCCAUUAAUACAAAAACCUAUAUCAGGCAAAAAUGAAUAGAUUUACUAAUGUUGUUAAACUAGUGUGACUUGAAAUAAUGGAAGAGAACAAAUCUAAAUAUUUUUACGUCUUUAAACAAGGUCUUCCAUCACCCCCAAGGGCUGUGCCUCCCCCGUGUAACCAGAAUCAAUGAGGUAAUACAGUGUUUGUUCCAAAGAGCAUUUUGUAGUUUCUGAUUUACGUUGUGCUUACUUGAGAAAUAUAUUUCUUUAGAAAUACAAAUGUCCAAUAAGCUUAUAAAUAACAUUCAAAGUCUCUAGUAAUCAGAUGCAUUUCAACUUGAACAACAAUGAUAUUCCGUUCUUGCUCUUAACAUUUGCAAAGAUUUUUAAAAUAUUAUUACUGUAAGGCUUUUAAAAUAUUAUUGCCAGCAAGGCUUCAGUGAAGGGGGCCUAAUCAUAUGGGAGCUUUGAAAUUUUUCAUUUACAUGAUAUUUGUAAUGAUUUGUUAAUGACAUGAAAUGUUAUAAUGGUAAACAGAGAAAAUUAUAUAAACAUAAUGGUUAAGUGUAUGCAUUUUAACAUUGAAUUUAACUUGUGCUAAAGUCUCAGCUUGGCCACGUACUAGUUUUAUGGCCUCAUCCUCAAUCCUCAGUUUUUUCAUCAUGACAUGGACAUAACAUAUCUGGCUCAUGGGAUGUUGAUACAAUGUGCAUGAACCACUUAGCAAGUUGCCUAGCAUUUAGGAAGUACUCAAAAAAUUGGUCCUCUUUUUACUCUGUGCAGUGUGAUCUCAACCAUGUGAAAACUGCUUAAAAAGGAUGAGAGGAAAUUAUGCUAAUAUGUAUUUUUUUAAGGUGGCUAUCUCUAUAUACUAUGUAUUUUUCUUUAUUCAAAAUUUUCAAAAUAUUCCAUAUUUAACAUGUUACCAUUUUUAUAUUCAAAGAAUGUAAGCAGUAAAAAUAGAAGAAAUAAAUAUAUGUGCUUAAUAUUUUAUAGACAGAUACCUAGCUUAUUUAGCCAAGAAAGGCUAAUAGGACCCUAAGGAUUACUAUAAGAUAUCUAAAAGAAUUCUGAACAUAUAAGAUAUGUAUAUAAUUAUAUAUGUAUAUAUAAGUUCUUUUAAAACAAGUAUUUGAUUAUCAUAGAAAUACCUUUUGAUUUUGUUUUUAAAUACAAAACUCUUUUCAAAAUUGAGAAACAUCUGAGAAGGUUUCUUUUCCUUCCAGUUUGAAUGUAUGCAGCUGUAUGACCCUGAAUUGAGUAUGUGUUAUGGACUGAAAGUUUGUGCCCCACCUCCACCACCAAAAAAUUCAUGUGUUGAAUUCCUUAACCCCUCAUGUGAUGGUAUUAGAAGGUGGGACCUUUAGGAGGUAAUUGGGUCAUGAGGGUGGUGCUCUCUGAGUGGAAUUAGUGCCCUUAUAAGAAAAGAGCUUGUGCCCCCUCUUAGCUCUCCACCAUGUGAUGAUACAGUGAGAAGACAGCCAUCUGCAAACCAGGAAGGGGUCCUCACUAGACAUCAGAUCUGCCAGCACCCUGAUCUUGGACUUCCCAGCCUCCAGAACUAAGAAAAAUGUUUGCUGUUUAAACCACCAAGUUUAUGAUAGUUUUUUAAGAGCAGCCCAAACUAAAACAGUAUAUAUCAAUUAUCAUACCCUUAAAGGGCAACUCAGAAAAGAUUGCUUUAAAAGUGGACUUUUUAAGGCUAUUUUUUAAGAAGUCUAUUAUCACCUUCUUGUCUAGUGCAAUAUAAAUAAUCUUCCUUGUGAAAACUUACUUUAUAAGAUUUUACUUUUUAAGACCUAAUUUAUUAUGUGUAGUAAUACCUAUGCUCUCAAACAGAUAACAAAAACCUUGUUGUCAAACAGUAUUACUGAAAGGGCCACGACUAUGGAAGAACACACUGUGCAUUGAGAAACAAAAACUGUGUCAGUGCUGAACAGCUUGCCCACCGAAAUGUUUUAGUUGGAUAAUUUCAAUAGUAACAUAGAGUCAUCUCAAACAGGUGAUAAGGUAUUGAUUUCUAACAGUAUUGGUGAAUAUUUUCUAUUUAUCAAUAUAUAUCAAAAUCUCUAAACAGUUUAUUUUUGAGUUAUCUGUAUUUACUUUUUUCUAUUUCACCCAUAACAAUUUUUAAUAUGAUUGUUUAUGAUUCAUCAGUGCUGAGUGCUUAAUUACAAGCUCAUUUCUAGUUAUGUAUGUUAGUAUACAAUUAGAAGAAGCAUAUACAAUUAUAGAAUGUAAUUCAGUAACACUUUUGAUGAAUGAUUUAUGUAAUCCUUGUUUUAAAGGGAAAGGAACUUGAGAAAUUAUAUAUUCUGCAAACACAAUUUUUAAAAAAUCAUUAAGGCAAUGAAGGACUUUCCAGGUGAAGGUGGCAGAUAGAGGUAUUGUACCCCCCUUCUCCCCAAGAGAGAUCAGACCCCCAAAUAACAAAGAGAACAAGAACCAGAAAAAUCAUACUCCAUCCUUAAUGAAACAGUGUUCAAGAUUCUAUAACUUGAACUACAAUAUUUGAAGAUAGAAAGCAGACUGAAGAAAAAAUUAGUGAGUAGAGAAGAGGAAAAUCAAACUUAAACGCAUGGGGAGAGGGAGGGUCAAGAGGGCUAUCAGGAAGCAAGUCACUUUGCUCUCACAGAAUCCCAGAAAAUUUCAGGAAUUCAGGAUACCAGAAACCACAGAGGAAGGGUAUAAGAAGGGGCUGGAAUCAUGUUUAAUUAAAAAUUUUAUUUAGAGACCCAGAUUCCCGCCACCACCUUGUGUAGGCAAGUAACUAUUUCCCCCAACUCCUGCAAGAGACCGGAAGUUUAUUCUAUGAGAAAAGUGUAAUAGAGACUCCAAGUAUAGGGAGAGAAGGGCGAGAAUGAUGUGACACCAAAAAUAAGAACUAAGUGCCCUUAAUUCCAGAAUUCCUUCAGAAUCUAGAAUCAUCUCCUCAAUCAGAGAUUAAAAGAGCCUCCUUUACGGAAUCAGAACUAUCCCCAGAGAAAAUACUAUAGCUGUAAUUUAAAAAAAAAAAAAAGCCAACUGGCCACCUGGUCACCCAAUCACUAAGGAAGCCCACCUUCAAGCCUUUCAUUCAGACUUCUGAUCAACUUUUUAAUGAUUCACUCUUAUAUGAACUGACAGCCAAGGAAUAUCAAAACGUGGAAAACUUCCAAAAUAGAAAACUUCCAAAAUAGAAGCCCACCUUCAAGCCUUUCAUUCAGACUUCCAAUCAACUUUUUAGUGAUUCACUCUUAUAUGAACUGACAGCCAAGGAAUAACAAAACGUGGAAAACUUCCAAAAUAGAAGAGACCAAAGCAACAAACACAAUGAAAGGAGAGAUCAGAAAAGAUCUUGCAUAAUGAAACAGGGAUAGAAUGAAAAAGAAAAGCCAUCAGAGAACAAGAAAGAACUUCUAAACACGUUAGCCAAAAUAAAAAGCAAGUAGAAAAUCUAAAAGAUGAAGUGUAAGACAUCAUCUGAAAAAAACAGGACAAAAAAAAAAAAGAGAGAUAGGAGCUGAAAGAAGCAUUUUUUUUUCAAAUAGAAAUCUAGUCCAUGAAUCCAAUACCUCAAUAUUCUCAAUAAUAGGAGAACCAGAAAGAGAAAACAGAUAAAACGGUGGGGAGGAAAAUAUCAAAUAACUAAUAUAAGAAAAUGUGUCAGGAUGUGUUUCUCUU